AGUUGCAAACUUGUAAACAUGCAUCGGGUGAACCCUGUUCUUCCACCAAACUCCUCCCCACCCCUUCACUUCCCUGCUUUUUCUUUUCUGUUCUUUUCUUUAUAUUUUUUCCAGUUCAAUUUCUUUUUGUUUUUAUUCUUGUUUUUAUUAUUAUUGGUAUUCAUUAGUUGAUGACCCAUCUUAUCCGGGGUUUUCUGUUAAACUGCAGCUUAAUUUUUUAAAGAACACAUAUAAUCAUAUAUAAAGCUACGUACGUGCGUGGAAGGAGAUCGAGAAAUGAAAUAUACGAUCUAGAAACAGCUACGUGGUAGAAGUAGAGCACCCAUCUUCCCUCCACGCUCGCUCUUUCUUUACCGUCCGCUCCCUACCAGCCAGCCAGCACCCUCUCUAUGCAUUCGUGGUUUCUCUCAAACAAUUCACGUGUCUGUAUAUGAACACACACACACACACACACACACUAUAUAUAUAUAUACACACACACACACACACACAACAGCAACUUUCAUGCUCAGCCAUCGCAUGAAAUAAACAAGAGAGGGAGGGAGAGAGAUCUGCAAAACAAUCAAAGGAAAAUGGGGGCAGAGAGAGUGCAAGCCAUUGCUUAUGCGUCAAACGGCACCAUCCCGCCGGAGUUUAUAAGGUCAGAGGACGAGCAGCCGGCGAUCACGACGGUGCACGGGGCGGUGCCGGGGGUGCCGACUAUAGACAUUGGGGAGGGGGAGGAGAAGGUGAUAGAGAGGGUGGUGGAGGCGAGCAGGGAGUGGGGGAUGUUCCAGGUGGUGAACCACAGCAUACCUGGGGAUGUCAUAGCCAAGCUGCAGGCUGCAGGGAAGGAGUUCUUCGAAUUGCCUCAGGAAGAGAAAGAGGUGUACGCCAAGCCGCCCGGGUCGCAGAGCGUGGAAGGCUACGGAACCCUCCUUCAGAAAGAAGUUGAGGGCAAGAAAGGUUGGGUGGAUCACUUGUUCCACAAGAUUUGGCCUCCCUCCGCCAUCAACUACCGCUUCUGGCCCCAAAAUCCUCCUUCCUAUAGAGAAGCAAACGAGAUGUAUGCAAAGCACCUGCAUGGGGUAGCGGACAAGCUGUUGAGAAGCCUGGCGAUUGGGUUAGGGCUAGAAGAGGGGGAAGUGAAGAAAGCAGUGGGUGGGGAAGAGCUGGUGUAUCUGAUGAAAAUAAAUUAUUACCCGCCAUGUCCUCGUCCUGACCUGGCACUUGGGGUGGUGGCCCACACCGACAUGAGCGCCCUAACCAUUCUCGUCCCCAACGAGGUCCAGGGUCUCCAGGUCUUCAAGGAUGACCACUGGUAUGACGUCAAAUACAUCCCCAAUGCCUUGGUUGUCCACAUUGGUGAUCAAAUGGAGAUAGUGAGCAAUGGAAAAUACAAGAGCGUUCUUCACCGGACGACGGUGAACAAGGAGAAGACGAGGAUGUCGUGGCCGGUGUUCUUGGAGCCGCCGCCGGACCUCGUCGUGGGUCCUCACCCUAAGCUCGUCGACGAAGGGAAGCCUUCAAAAUAUAAAACCAAGAAGUUCAGUGACUAUGUCUAUUGCAAGCUGAACAAGAUUCCUCAGUAACCGAGACAAGUCCAUCUCCCCCUUCUUCCCAUCGUGUCUGCGAUCGCGUCAGGAAGAAGGAGUUGCUUCCUUUAACCAUUAUUUAGGAGUGCUCCCCUAAAUAAUUUCUCUGUUUUUUGUUGCGGAAAAUAAUUUUAUUUUUUAUUUUAAUUUUUAAAAAAAUUAUAAAGAUAGCAUCUUCUUUUUAAGUUUUUCGGCACUGGCAUAGAAGAGUUGAAAAUUAUUAUUUUCAAAUUUUCUAUGUAAGUACUGAAAAUUUAAAAAAAUGAGAUGAUAUUUUUAUAAUUUUUUAAAAAAUUAUAAAUAUAUGCAUGCCCUAAGUUUACUUUCUAGAUUUUCAGCUCGUUUGUAAUUAUGGUCUGGUAGUAAUCCAUUAAUGUAAGUUGUAUGCGUGCUACUAUUGUACCUUUUGAUCAAAUUAUGGUAACUAAGAUUUUUGUUAA